GAGAAAGAGAGACAGGAAGACAAACAGUCGGUGUGUAUGAGUGGACGUGUUUAAGCGAUGCUGCUUUAAACACACAGUAUCUUUCACACACUGAACCUGCACUUCACGGACUCCAUCAGCUGUCCCACACUGUAAUGCUCUGACAGACUGUUUCUACACCCAGCCUCAAGAUGAAUGUGAAUAGCUUAUUAAACAAAUGGACUCAGAUCCACAGGAUGUGUGAAGUGGAUGUGUCGUCUGAACCGAGCAGUCCAACGCUGUACAGCGAGUCAUCAGAUGCAUAUUACCACGUGGACCGCUGGCAGAAGCUGCGCACAGCCGUGAGGAAACUCGAGUUCUGGGAGAACUUCAGCCAUGAACUUAUUGGGAGCGGUUUCUUCUCCAAAGUCUAUAAGGUGAUGCACAACAACACGCGCAAGGUGAUGGUGGUGAAGAUUUAUAAAAAUGACGUGGACCAGGACAGCAUUGUCCGAGAAAUCAGCCUCUUACAGAAACUUUCUCACCCCAACAUAGUCAGGUAUCUUGGUAUCUGUGUGAAAGAAGACAAGCUGUAUCCCAUUCUAGAGUAUGUUAGCGGAGGCUGUCUGGAGGAACUGCUAGCUCGGAAAGAUGUUCCUCUGUGCUGGAGGGAGAAAGUGGACCUGUCCUCAGACAUCACCAGAGGAAUGAUCUACCUCCACUACAAGAACAUCUACCACAGAGAUCUCAAUUCCAAGAACUGUUUGAUAAGGGUGACUGCCCGAGGCAGGGAGGCUUUGGUAACAGACUUUGGUUUGGCUAGGGAAGUGGUCGAACUUCCUGCCAAAGACAGGAAGCUGUCUCUGGUUGGUUCAGCAUUCUGGAUGGCGCCAGAGAUGCUGCGUGGGGAACCUUACGACCGCAAGGUCGAUGUGUUCUCCUUUGGGAUAGUAUUGUGCGAAAUCCUAGCCAGAGUCCCAGCAGAUCCAGAAAUACUUCCAAGAACUCAGGACUACGGCUUGGACGCUUCUGCAUUCAAGAAGAUGGCUCCUGGAUGUCCACAGCGUGUACUCGACCUGGCAUCUAACUGCUGUUUGAUAGAGGCAUUCCGGAGGCCAUCAUUCACCGAGGUGCUGGAUGAGCUAGCUGAGAUCGCAGAGACGCUGGAGCCGCCUACACACACAGAGCUGACUACUGGCUGAGCUUGAUUGUACACCAGUCCUAGAGAGAAUACUGCAUGCUUCUGUACAUACACCCGAGCAGCCAAGCAAAAUCUCUCACAGAAUUCAGCCGGACAGACGGGAAAAACAAGGGCAGUGGUAACUCAGUGGUUAAGACGUUGGACUACUGAUCGGAAGGUCGUGAGUUUAAAUUUCCAGCACUGCCAAGCUGCCACUGCUGGGCCCUUGAGCAAGGCCCUUAAGCGUCAACUGCUCCGUUGUAUAAUGAGAUAAAUGUAAGUCUCUCUGCAUAUGGGCGUCUGCCAAAUGCCGUAAAUGUAAAUGUAAAUGAGAAGACAGAGCUGUGAGCCAGACUGGCAUUAUUAAUGAAACAAAGACGCACAAUAUUCUCAGUGUUCUACUGCUGACCUAAGAUCAGUUCAAUACAGUUAUGCAGAAAUAUCAGAGCUGCUGCUAAAUGGACUUCUAUAAUCUAUAAUCAUCACCACAUUCAGAUUAUAAUUCUAAUUGGAUCUUUGCUUAAGUUUGUAACAGUUUUUGAGCCUUAACCAGUCACACUUUUGGGACCUGCUGUGUUGCACAGGCUUAUACCUCUUAUUUUGAUAUAAUCCAGACCUGGAGGAUUACAAAGAGAAAAGAUGAUGAAGAGGAGGAGGAGGAGGAUCUAUUUGAUAUUUUUUGUAAAUGUUUUGUACAUCAAAAGUCAUAUAUAUACAUUAAGUAUUUUGGUACACAAUCCUCCAUAUUGUAUCUUGUUUCCUGCUUUCUAUUAUAGUGUGCUUGCUGAGUUGUGUAAAAUAGUUCUUAUGUAAUAAGGGAAGUUGUACAAACAUAACUUCCUGCCUAGUGAUGUGUGGUUUUAGUUCAAGAAACCUUCUGCUUCCUCAUGGGAGGAAACCUUCUGCUUCCGCAUUUACACGCACACUUUCAUUCUCGGCAGCGUUUAUGUUUUCUAACCCAGGAGGUCAAUCCGGGUUUGGUAAAAGACUCAAGACUCAAUAGGAUUAAAAACUGUGCUAGAAUUUUCCGUCUUGUUGUUUGUGUAGCACCUUAUCGAUCAUUUCAGCUCCCUGUUAUAUUUUUUAAUGUAUUAAGUAUAUUUUUUUUUUUUCUUAAAUGAGGAAGUCUUUGCUCUAUGAAUAUUGCACAAUAUUUACAUGUAUAAAUUAUAUACAGACAUGGUCAAAACUAUUGGUACCCUUCUGUUUUAUCCAGACAAUGAAAGUGUUGAAAUUAAAAGCUUUAUGUCAUCUA